CCGCCUCAGACGCCCGAGCCCCGCGCCCCAGUCGCCGCCGAGGCCUUUCCCGAGGGCGGACGAGUCCCCAGCGGCCCGGGGCGCGGCUGGGCCGCCCCGGCCUGCGAAGCCCGUGAUUCUCUUUGUGGCCAGAUGGGUUUGUAUGGACAGUCCUGUCCAUUUGUAACUUCAUUAAGGAUGACAUCAGAACUGGAGAGCAGCCUAACAUCUAUGGACUGGUUACCACAGCUCACCAUGAGGGCAGCCAUCCAAAAAUCUGAUGCUACACAAAAUGCACACGGACCAGGUAUCUCCAAGAAGAACGCACUCCUUGACCCAAACACGACACUGGACCAGGAGGAAGUACAGCAGCACAAAGAUGGGAAACCACCAUACAGUUACGCUAGCCUCAUUACGUUUGCGAUUAAUAGCUCACCGAAAAAGAAAAUGACUUUGAGUGAGAUUUACCAAUGGAUUUGUGAUAACUUCCCAUAUUAUAGAGAGGCUGGCAGUGGUUGGAAGAAUUCCAUACGACACAACCUUUCUCUGAACAAGUGUUUCCUUAAAGUGCCUCGAUCCAAGGAUGACCCUGGAAAGGGUUCCUAUUGGGCAAUAGAUACCAAUCCCAAGGAGGACGCACUGCCCACUCGGCCAAAGAAGAGGGCACGAUCAGUGGAACGGGCCUCAACUCCAUAUAGCAUAGACUCAGAUUCUUUGGGAAUGGAGUGUAUUGUUUCUACAAGUGCCUCCCCAACUCUGGCCAUCAACACUGUGACUAACAAAGUAACAUUGUAUAACACCGAUCAGGAUGGCAGUGACAGUCCUCGCAGUAGCCUUAACAACAGUCUCUCCGAUCAGAGUUUGGCAUCUGUUAACUUGAACAGCGUAGGCAGUGUUCACAGCUACACUCCGGUGACAAAUCAUCCGGAACCAGUCUCUCAGUCACUAACUCCUCAACAACAGCCACAAUACAGCAUGCCAGAACGAGACAAACUACUUUUCUCAGAAUAUAAUUUUGAAGAUCUUAGUGCCUCAUUCCGAAGCCUUUAUAAAUCGGUUUUUGAGCAGUCUCUCAGCCAACAAGGUUUGAUGACCAUCCCUUCCGAGUCGUCCCAACAGUCGCACACUUCGUGUUCGUAUCAGCACUCCCCCGGCAGCACAGUGGGCCCUCACCAACACAGCAGCCAGAACAGCCUCGCCAACAACCACGGCACUAGCCUCAGCGCCCCCGGGGGCAAUUCCGCCGCCCAGGUUUCCUUAUCUCACCCCCAGAUGCACACCCAACCGCCCCCGCAUCCUCCCCACGCUCCACACCGGCCCCACGGCCUCCCCCAGCACCAGCCACGUCCGCCUCCGCCGACCCCCCACCCGCAGCAACAUGGACAGCUUCCGUCGCAACACCCCCAGCACCCGGCCCCGCAUCAGCACCUCCAGCACCACCCGAAUCAUCAGCAUCAGUCGUUAGCGCAUCAGACGCAUCCUCCCCCACCGCAGGUACCCUGUAAUUCCGGUGUUUCACCGGACUGGUAUGCAACAUUAGAUAUGUUGAAAGAAAGCUGUCGUAUUGCCAGCAGCGUUAAUUGGUCAGAUGUGGAUCUUUCACAGUUUCAAGGUUUGAUGGAGAGUAUGAGACAAGCAGAUCUGAAGAACUGGUCUUUAGAUCAGGUUCAGUUUGCGGAUCUAUGUUCUUCGCUUAAUCAGUUCUUUACACAAACUGGUCUCAUCCAUUCUCAAAGUAACGUUCAGCAAACUGUUUGUCACGGUGCCAUGCAUCCAACAAAACCUUCCCAACACAUCGGAACAGGAAAUCUGUACAUAGAUUCCAGGCCAAACCUCCCUCCUUCAGUGAUGGCUCCCCCUGGUUAUCCACACAUCCCGCAGCCUCUCAGCACCCCAGGAGCAACGAUGGCAGGACAUCAUGGAGCAAUGAAUCAGCAGCACAUGUUGCCUUCCUCUGCCUUCCAGAUGCGCCGCCCACUUCCUCCGGAUGAUAUUCAGGAUGAUUUCGAUUGGGAUUCUAUUGUGUAGAGCCCUCCUGGGCAAGGAACUCUGACCUUGUUUUCCAGACAGUGAAGAAAAGGUGAAAAUUAAUUCAGUAAUUAAAAAGUGAAGAUGUUAAUCACUAUAAAGCUGUUAUCUAAAUUUACUUUGAAGACAAUCAGAAUACUUAGCUGGAUAACUUAUCGCUUUUACUUGACCCAAACAAGUACUACAUGUCAGUCUCCCCCGCCAGCUUCCGUAGCUCAUAACUGUUGUGUGAUUUGGGCAGCUUUUAGCAUAUUUGUGUCGGUUUUAAUGUUGACCACAAGUGCCAGACUGAUUUCUAGACAGAGCCUCUCGCUACAGUUUAUCAGAACGCGUGAGUAGGUGUACAAAUGUUUCUGAAUUCUCAAUCGGAUCGUAUUUUGUCUCGAGAAAAGGAAGUGACUGUGAGGUUUUCUAACUAGUUGGUAUUACUUUCUGCAAAAUUGUCUUCUUUUUAUGUAGAUAGCUCAUAGGAGAUACUAUUUUUUUAGAUUUCUUCUAGCCAUCUUAUAGGUUCACUCCGUGUCUUGCCCACGUAGAGAAUGAUUUCAAGGUUCACCUCACAGAAAUUACCACACAAAUAAUUUCGAGUCGCAAACUAUUGGUAAAUCACUUAGCCUAAAAUAGAAUAUAGUCCGAGAGUCUGUGGCUAUUCAGAAUAUGGAAGUUUCAUACCAUAGAUUUUAGGGAAUCCUUCACUUUUUUCAGUUAAAGUCCCUCUCUGCAAAAUGUGUUGGCCAAUUAGAAGCUGAGCACAGUCUGGUGCUUUAAAAUCAAUGUUUAUUCCUUCCCUUAGCGUAUUUAUUAUAAAGUCUUUCUUAACUAUUUAUUAACUACCUUUUGUGAAACAUCAGCUCGCAUUGGAUUCAUUUGGGACGAGUGGAAUUGUUCAAGUCCUCAAAUUAGUGUGGUGAUCUUCAUUGGUAGCCUUUCACAGACAAUCAGAAGUGGGACUUUAUCACUUAACUUGCAGCUGCUUAUUUUCCUCCUCCUGUGAUCAGUUUCUCGACUUCAUCAUUCCUGCCACACUGAGGCAUUUCUUCGCUGAGCUCCUCCAGAGAUUUCUGUUAGUUUCUCAGUAGGGUAACUGAAGAGCGGGGCGGUGUUGGAACAGGAAGGAAAGCCCGUUUUCCCCUGGGCCUGAUUCCGCCGCAAUGGCAUCGAACCAUCUCACAGUCAUAGUUUUGUUACUCGGGACCCUGAGGUUCCCUUGGAAGAAUUUGUCCCUGUUCUUACCAGUGGGCUUUGUUUCUUUCCCUGGGGUGGGCUUUUCUUUUUUUUUUUCCAAGUUAAUUUGGCUGAAGUUGUUUUCAACCUAGAGAAGGUAUAUCUUGAAAAUGAAAAGAUUUAGCAUCUGUUGUGAAGAAACCAUGUAAGUCUCUCCAUUAAUCAGUGGUAUUUAUUGAGCGCUUGUUGUGUGCAGAGCACUGUACUAGGCGCUUGGGAGAAUUCAUUGUAACAGUAUAACACUUGACAGAUACGUUCCCUGUCCACAACGAGCUUACAGUCUAGAGGGGGAGACAGACGUUAAAUAAAUUACAUAAAUGAUCUGCCAAAUACACGGUCUCCAUCUAAUCAGAAAAUUGCAUACUGCCCUCUUGGCCAGGAUCAGUGGUUUCAGUUACUUUGGUUCAAAGACUUAUUGACCUGAAGUUUAGUGGAAUAAGCUGUUACGUGCAAUGCCCAUCUUUGGUUCCUCCCUCUAGAUUUUUAAAUAAUGGCCCGUCCAUAUCAGUAUAGUCUUGAGUGACAAGCAAAUCCUGGCCGGAAGACAAUCCCCAAGCUUCGCCUUGUGGGGCUGGCAGGGAGGAGAGGGCCUUCUGUAUCGUCGGAGUCCUCCCUCUCCCACUCCUCUGCUCCGGAAAGGGAAUUCCAGUGGCCCUGCAGCAGGGAUCUGGGAUCAGAAGGUCAGAAUGGGGAGAUUAGGGAAAGGCAACCGUGGGGCCCUCUUAGACGGGCAGGGCCACGGUAGCCUGGAGGAUAGCCAGAACCUGCCAUGUGACUUCUUGGUGCAUCUUCCCAGUGCCCCAGUCGCAGAUUGAGCCCCCCUAGUAACUACGGUGAAGCAUUCAGAUGGCUCGAGGUGAGGGUUGGGACCGAGUCGGGUCAAUUCCCGAACAAGGCUGAGGGGAUCGGAAUAGACCAGUGCCACUCUCAGGGGUCCAGCUUGUCACCAGGAAGCAUCCCGGGCACCGAGGGGGCUCGGCUCGCAAGGUCUAGAGGCCUCGGCCCGGUUAAACAUUCCCUGUCCCCUGGGCUCCUAAACCACCGUUUCCGGUCCGAGGCGGUUCUUUAGGUGGCGUUGUGCACUUUACUCCAUCUUAGAUCUUUGAAUGCAGUCGUGACACAGGACGAUUGAGUCUGCAGCCUGAUGGGGUGCUGACGGAAACUUCCCCGGUCGUGAGGCAGACUUCCAGUUUGGUUUCGAUUUUCCAAUUCGGGAUCGAUAUUGUCACGCGAAUUGAUCUUAGCGAGAACAGACCCAGACCCAUACACCUCCCCACAACGCCCUUCCAGGACCCCAGUAGCCGCAGGCCAGGAGAGAGGGCCCCGGGGGCGUCGGACCGAGACCGCGGGUCUGCCCGGGUCCCUGGGGAGAACCAGAGUGGGCAUCGAUUCGGAGAUGUCUUGGGCCGCUCCUCGGGACAGAAGGCAUUCUGGCUCGGGGGCGGAGUGAGCGGAGAUUUUCCGAGGGAGGACGCACGCACAAAACUCACAGAAACGGGGCGACCUGUCCUGGAGAACAGUCCGACUGGUAUUUGUGGCCGAAUGCGAAAUAAUGUCGAUGUGUUAACGUGCUUUCCUGUAAAUACUUGUCUCUCACGAUGACCUUUUUGGGUGGGAGGGAAUCAAACGGGGGGUUAUUUCAAAUGGAAUAGAGUAUUUUGAUAUUGUUCAUUCAGAGGGUGAUGUGUAUAUAUCUAUAUUGUAUAUAUGUGAUGAAAAUGCAUUGGCUUUUUGUGCAACACAACCUUUUAUCUGUACUGCUGUUCUACAGUCAGUGUUUUAAUGUUUCUACCGUUUUGUUAUUGCACGGUUUACUACUUUUGCUCUAUGAUGGACGGCACAGAUUAUUUGUAACAGUUUAGUGCUGUAAAGAAUAUUCCAAGUGUCAUUAGGAUUGUUGCUGCCAGAACUGAUAUGCAUGGAUGGCACUUAAAAAUAAAGAUAUUAUGUUAACUCCAUUUUAAAAAAUCAUUUUGUAAGUUGUUCGCUGUAAUUGAGGGAACAAAUCGAGUGACUGAUGCUCUCCGUGUCUUCAGAAUAGGUGCAGACACAUUUUAAAGAGUCUAUUAAAACAUGCCAGUACUUUGUAGUCUGAA